AAGAAAAAACUUCAUCAUCAAUGGAAGAGAUCGGCUCAAAACCAAGAAAGUUACUUCCUUUAUUCUUCAUCUUCUUCCUCUGUUUUUGUUGUCCUGUGAUGGCUGCAGAUGAAGACGACAUAAGAUGCUUAAGAGGACUCAAAACCUCUCUCACCGAUCCUCAAAACGCGUUGAAAUCAUGGAACUUCGACAACACAACUCUUGGGUUUCUCUGUAACUUCGUUGGUGUGUCUUGUUGGAACAAUCAAGAGAAUAGGGUUAUCAAUCUUGAGCUUCGUGAUAUGGGUUUAUCUGGUAAAAUCCCAGAUUCUCUUCAAUACUGUGCGAGUUUACAAAAACUUGAUCUUUCUAGUAAUCGAUUGUCUGGUAAUAUCCCUAAAGAGUUGUGUAAUUGGUUACCGUUUUUGGUGUCUCUUGAUUUGUCGAAUAAUGAUUUGAAUGGUGAGAUUCCUCCUGAUUUAGCUAAGUGUAGCUUUGUGAACUCUUUGGUUUUGUCUGAUAACCGGCUUUCGGGUCAAAUCCCGGUUCAGUUUUCGGCUUUAGGGAGGUUAGGGAGGUUCUCUGUUGCUAAUAAUGAUCUCUCAGGUCGCAUUCCUGUGUUCUUUAGCUCACCGAGUUAUUCCUCUGAUGACUUUAAGGGGAAUAAAGGUCUUUGUGGUCGUCCUUUGUCGAGUUGCGGUGGAUUGAGUAAGAAGAAUCUUGCGAUUAUCAUUGCAGCUGGUGUGUUUGGUGCUGCUGCGUCGAUGUUGUUGGCUUUUGGGAUUUGGUGGUAUUACCAUUUGAAAUGGACAAGAAGACGAAGAAGCGGUUUAACCGAAGUAGGAGUUAGCGGUUUGGCGAAGAGACUUCGUAGUCAUAAGCUUACUCAAGUUUCUUUGUUUCAGAAGCCUUUGGUUAAGGUUAAACUUGGGGAUUUGAUGGCUGCAACUAAUAAUUUCAGCUCAGGGAACAUUAUUGUUUCCACUAGGACUGGAACAACGUAUAAGGCGCUUCUUCCGGAUGGUUCAGCGCUUGCGGUGAAGCAUUUAAGCUCGUGUAAGCUCGGUGAGAGGGAGUUUCGGUAUGAGAUGAAUCAGUUGUGGGAGCUUCGUCAUCCUAACUUAGCGCCGCUUCUUGGAUUCUGCGUUGUGGAAGAAGAUAAACUUCUUGUUUACAAGUACAUGUCUAACGGGACGCUUCACUCGUUGCUGGAUUCAAAUGGGGUUGAAUUAGAUUGGUCAACUCGGUUUAGGAUUGGUUUAGGUGCUGCAAGGGGUUUAGCUUGGCUUCACCAUGGAUGUCGACCUCCGAUACUUCACCAAAACAUUUGUUCAAGUGUGAUUCUCAUUGACGAGGAUUUCGAUGCAAGGAUUAUAGAUUCAGGGCUUGCAAGGCUUAUGGUUCCCUCGGAUAACAAUGAAAGCACUUUCAUGACUGGUGACUUAGGAGAGUUUGGUUAUGUAGCUCCCGAGUAUUCCACCACAAUGCUAGCCUCACUAAAAGGCGAUGUAUACGGACUCGGUGUUGUCCUCUUAGAGUUGGCUACAGGGCUAAAAGCUCUAGGACGCGAAGGCUUUAAAGGGAGUUUGGUGGAUUGGGUGAAACAGCUCGAAAGCUCAGGAAGAAUCGCUGAGACAUUCGAUGAAAACAUUCGUGGGAAAGGACAUGACGAAGAGAUCUUGAAAUUUGUUGAGAUUGCUUGUAACUGUGUGAGUUCAAGACCUAAAGAGAGAUGGUCAAUGUUUCAGGCAUACCAGUCAUUGAAAGCUAUUGCUGAGAAACAAGGCUAUUCGUUCUCAGAACAAGACGACGACUUCCCUUUGAUUUUCGACACGCAAGAGAACGAGACAAUGUGAAAAUGAACCUUUAUGAUGGGAGGAGGAAAUAAGAGUAUUACCAGGAGUAUAAUUAUUUGUUGUCUAUAUUUUCUUGCACUACUUGUAGAGAGACUAUAUUGUAAAAACAGAAGUGUAUAUGUUAUUUGUUUUCUCUUGUAUCAAAACCUUUAAGACAUGUUAUGUUGCUUUGGUGUUUAUAUCAAACACUAGAUUCUGAGGAUAACUGUUACAAGAGUUUAAAACAUGUUUUGUUUGCAAGUGUGUCUUUUCUAUAGUCUUGGAAAAGUGACAAAACAGUUUUUCACUAGUGUUUUCUUUUAAGAACAAAAAGAAAGUGUACAACAGGAU